CUCCUCCUCCUCCUCCUUCUCCACCUCCACCAAUGCACCCCUCCAUUCCCAACCCUAACCCUAAUCCCAUUCCCAAUGCCCCUCCCCCAAGUAACCCCACUUCUCCUCCUGAUUAUUAUGAUCUCAAACCCAAUCUCCUGACUUCCGAGAUUCGCGCCGCGCCAUUCACCUCCAGCUCUGCCACGUCAUCCUCCUCCUCCACCACCACCACUCCUACAGUGCUCGGCUCCAUUCUCCCCACCGCCACCGCCAACCCUUUCAUCCGGUCAUCCACCGCCGCCCUCGCCGGGUUCAGCACCCACCGGAGGGCCCACUCCGAGGUCAGCUUCCGGCUGCCGGAGGAUCUCAUGGAUCUUUCCGGCCCCGAUCCAUUUAACGCCGCCGGAUCCUCCGCCGACGACCUGGGAUCCGAGGAGGAUCUCUUCUCCACGUACAUUGACCUCGACAAGCUCCAGUCCCCCGCCGACGACAACAACAACAACGGGAGCGGCGAGAACGGCGGCGGAGAGAAGAGGCCGUCGCGGCACAGGCACAGCAGCUCCGUGGAUGCUUCGUCCACGUCGACGGGGGUGUUCGGAGAGGUUAUGGAGGCCAAGAAGGCAAUGCCGCCGGACAAGCUCGCCGAGCUCUGGACUCUUGAUCCUAAGCGAGCCAAAAGGAUCUUAGCAAAUCGGCAGUCCGCCGCCCGCUCCAAAGAGAGGAAGGCCCGCUAUAUACAAGAACUUGAGCGCAAAGUUCAGACCCUUCAAACAGAAGCAACCACUCUUUCUGCCCAACUCACUUUAUUCCAGAGGGACACAACAGGUCUGAGUUCUGAAAACACAGAGCUUAAGCUCCGGUUACAAGCUAUGGAGCAACAAGCUCAGUUGCGAGAUGCUCUAAACGAAGCACUAAAGAAGGAGGUUGAGAGGCUCAAGGUUGCGACAGGGGAGAUGAUGAGCCAUUCAGAAUCAUUUAACUUGGGAAUGCAGCAGAUGCCAUACAACAACAAACCGUCUGCUUAUUUUCCAAUUACACAACAGCAGCCAGGACCUGCUGGUAACCAGAACAUGCAGUUGCCAUCAUUCAAUCAUUCCCAGUCUAGUAUGCCUAGUAACCAUCUUCAUCAACCAAAUUCACUUUCAGAUAUUAUGCAGAACGGCCCUGUUGGUCAGUUACAGGGACUUGACAUCGGUAAUAAAAUGCCACAUCUCGUGAAGUCUGAAGGCCCCUCGCUUUCAGCAAGUGAGAGUAGUACCACUUUCUAACUCAAACUUGCUGCUGAGCUUCUGACCUGCUGACUUGUCCAUGAUUCGCCGGCCGGUAGAUUGUUUAUAGAUUGACACCCAAUCAUUUAGAGAGCCUGCUCUAUAUUUAUUUCAUUAUUUAUUCCAUUUUGUUUCAUGGAGUCAUUCUCAAUUCUUCAUUCUUAGGGUUCUUCACCAAAAAGGGGAAGCUCCCUUUUCAAAUGUUCUUUGUUCGUUACUGAGUUCUUGGUUAGAUCUGGGAAUGUAAGGUCAUUCCCAUUGAUAUGAGAAUGUUGUAAUAACAGCAUUCUCUACAUUUGUCUCUCAUUUCAUUCAAAACCUUUGUACAAACUUUGUGCACUACUGUGAUUGUUUUCAUCUCACUGGGUUGAUUGCAUUGAGCUGUGCUGUAACUUUGAAAUACAGAUCCUCUUCCUUUUCCUUGUUCAUACUCAAACUUAUCAAUUCUUGCAGUUGUGAAUAUAUGAUUG